GAUCAGAUUACCUACAAGUGUGUUUGAUGUGCAGAUGUGAACGCGUAAAUCUCCGAUUUCCUUGGAACAGGAUUCAUGCUCACCGUUCCGGAAACGGCAGAAGUCGACCAAAUCGCUUCUAGCGGACACCGAUGGCACAUUCAUAAUUCUGUUUCGAUUGAGUUUGGACGUGUUGAGUGUUGUGUCCCAAAAAGAUUUCAAUUUGCAUUUUUAGAAUACAAGAAGAACUUCAUAAUUAUCGUUUCACCUCGGAUAGUGAGAAACAGCCAGCUGCUUUAUCGUCUCCUCUAUCAGUCCUCUCUCUAGCUCUAGCUCACCUAGCAAUCGAGAACACAAUUUCAAACAGAGAGCGAGUGUGUUUUUGUUAUUUUGUUUUCACUUGAGUUGCCUGUGAACGCGUGAACGCUGCAACAGGAAAUUUCCGUAUUUUAAAAACAAAAAUUGUGUAGUGUAAAUUUGUUGAGACUUUAGCAGAAUAAAAUCGACGCAGAGUGGUGUACAGAAGACCGAAGCCAUAGACGUCUGUGCAUCGAAGUGAGUGAGUGCGUGAAGCGAAAGCUCCAACUCGAGAUGAAAACGACGUCAGGUGCAAGUGAUACCGGGGUCGGUCGAAAAGGCGAAGGCCACGGUUCGGAACCGGAGGAGAGCCAUCACCCACCGCUGGUGAGGAAUUUGAUACUGCGGGCAAUGUGCGGCGUCUAUCUGGUGGCUUUCUUGAGCUUCUACUCCCAAGCGGAAGGUCUCUAUGGCAACUCAGGAAUCCUCCCAGCGAACCGGAUCCUCGCCAAUGGCACCCUACCGGAACGUAUCAACUUUCUUCGGCUCGCACCGAUCGUCGGACUGGACGCCGGAUCUGCAAUCGAUCUCUUCUGUUUAGCCGGAUGCGUAAUCGCCUUCCUGGGCUUUGUCUUCAAAGAUCUCUGUCGGCUGUAUAGCUUCAUCGCCCUGUGGACUCUGUACUUCUCGCUGGUUCAAAUCUCACAAUCCUUUCGGCAGCAAUCGGAUGAACUCCUACUGGAAGCCGGAUUCCUAUGUAUCCUUCUAGCCCCAUCGAAACUCGGCGAUCCUCGCGGUCCCAUCGAGGAUCUGGCCCUACUGUUGAUGAAGUGGCUCCUGUUUAGGUUCGUGUUUGCAUCGGGAUCGGUGAAGCUGGCUAGCGGGUGCCCUAUGUGGUGGGAUCUUACCGGCCUGAAGCGACACUUUGAAACUAUGCCUCUGCCAACUUCGUACAGUUGGUACACUUAUCAGCAACCGGAUGGGUUGCACAGGCUAAGUACGAUCUACGUUUAUUUGAGUGAGUUGGUGUGCUCAUGGUUGUUCUUCGCUCCGAACCAGAAGGUUCGGAUGUUUGCCUUAUGGUGGCAGGUAUUUCUGCAUUUGAAUAUCAUUGGUAGCGGAAACUAUGGCUUCCUAAGCUUGAUCGUCCUGACGCUGUUAUUGACACUGGUAGAUGAUCGAGAGUUGGACAGAUCACCAGCCAGGAAGGAACCCCGGAAGGAGGACAAAACGGGGGCACUGACCGUGAAGGUAAUAUCCAUCCUGGUAGUAGUGGGAACGUGGUUGGUGUUUGGGGUUGGGUACAAGAACGGGGAACUUGCCUUCAAGCUGCUCUUCAACCGUUCUCAGUAUCUGAAUAUGAUGCAAAUGAUGCUUCGAAUGGCACCACUGCUGGUCAUGAGCAUGAUGGUGCAAAAGCUACUAAAGAUCGUUACCAAGCAAGCGGGUGUUACUAGUGUGGCCGAUGGAAUCCGCAAGAUGACAGAAAACUGGCAGCUUUUCCUACCGACAUUGGCAGCAUUCACCAUCCUUUUUGCAUCGAUCGUUCCGCACUUCCGACUGACAGAAUCCACGGCGAUUAGCACAUCGGUCUUCACGAAACCCUACCAGGGUCUCCACAACUUAUACGUAGUUAAUCAGUACGGUCAGCAUCUGAUCAAAAUGCGACCAAAACGACUGGAGAUUAUCUUAGAAUACUCCGAUGAUCUCACCGGGCCGUGGAAGGAAUACGGUUUCCAGUACAAACCGUGGAAUCAAGAAGGCUCCAUGCCAUACGCUUGGGUCUACUUCCCUCGGUUUGAUUUCAAAUUUUACGACGCCUCCAACUCCAAGCCAAACACUCAAAAGUGGCUGUACCCACUGGUUCAACGACUACUGCAAAACGAACCAGCAGUGAUUAAACUGCUCGAUGAAGAUCACAUUCCAUCAAAAGCUCCCAAGUUCAUCCGGGCUUCUCUGUAUCACUUCAGCUACACAUCCUGGUUUGAAGGUAACAGUACAACCUUUUGGACCCGGGAACGCGUCAGUGACUACUUCCCAGCCUACACCCUAGACGACGGAUUCCUGGAAACGAAACUUAAGGAUGUUGGCGUUCCCUCAGCCCCCACGCCAGCGGAAGCCCUCAAUCUUCCACUGAAGUGGCUCCUGGAUGCGGUGAGAAACUUCCUCGCCAUCUUCGAAGGUUCGUUCCUCGUGCUGGGAGUGCUGGCAGCUGCCAUCGUAAUGAUAAUCACACAAAGGCAAGCUUAAAAGCAGAAACCCUGAGGUCAAUUUAUUGGUUUUCCCUCCAUUUGUCUCGUCACCACCUCUCAAACAUGCACAAGCAAAUGCGCACUUACCUGAUUACACGACGAUGACGACGACGGAGAGGAAGCCACAAUUCUGCUGCAAUGUAAUAUUCCAUUACCGGGAUGCUGUGUUAGUUACUAUGUACUAUUUCAUGCAAGACAUAUUUUGAUGAAUAAAAAGUCAAUUAGAGCGGAUCGUCUCUACCCGCAACAUAAGAAA